UCUAUUAAAACGAGCAAACACAAACGUGCUGACGAUUUGAACUUUAAGGCCCUAGAAAGUUUCUAUACACUUGGACAGAGAUCCCAACGCUUGCAAUGCAGAUGACUAAUCGGUAGGUGGCGCCCAAACAAGUUUUAGUAGCGCCGAAGAAGACGAACGUCAUUUCUGUAAACAAUGUGUGGUGCGAGUUCUACGCCGGGUUCUUUUGGCUGUUUUUAAAGUCCACUUUUGUCGUUAAAUGUCACUUACUGAAGAGGCAUGACGUCGCGUUGUGAUUCACCCCGUCCUCCUCCACACGAGGCAAGACCUCGUGUUGAAGGUCCACGGAAAAGUAAGGACUGCCGAGGAGAUUGUAAAGAUGACUCUACUGACACGAAGCAGACGCAUAACGUGAAUUCUGCUAUGGGUCGCGUCUUAAAGCAGGUCGGAUCCACCAGCUCCGUCUUUAUCGGACCCGCGUUUUGCCCCAAAGUCACAGUCGCGGAGUCGCGCAUCGAGGAGACGUUAAAUGAGUUCUACAAAGAGCUCGAGGAGAUCGACUCAGUGGACGGUACUCCUGGGAGCCCGCGAGGCGUUUCAGCCGCCGUUACGCCGCGCGGAUCUCUCGAGACAAACACGGUGAAACAAACUUGCAACGCAGCCGUGGAGGAAAGGAGUCGCACGACUGGGUCGUCAGACAAACAUGUUUACAAGAUCAGCGCCGAACACCCGUCUCGACCGCACUGGUAUCGAAAUGAGCCAUACCGUCCUAGACGACCGACGGCUCCCGCCCUGCAUCACUGGGUUCACGCGCCGCCAUUCAAAAGGCCGCCUGAGCCAAGGUUUUACACGCCCCCCUACUGCGCCCCGCCACCCCCGUUUCCCUGCGCGCACCCUGGUCCACCCAGGUUUGCCCCGCGUGUCAAUCACAACGGGGGUUAUUCUGACCCAACACAACGCCAUGAAGAAAACGUGGACUUGCCACCAAGCCCCAUGAUUCCUCCCCCCUUUGAAAGAAGCAGCUUUUCUCAUGGAUUUAAAGGACAUUCUCACAGGGAGGAGUGGGACUGUAACCACGGCAACGAGUCAAAUAAUGUAAAUGUUGACUGGUCUCAGCUCGGCCGCGAUUGUGAUUGGCGUCAAAGACAGGAUCUGUGUCAGAACGAUGGUCAGCAGCAGCGAUCUAGUGAGGAGUAUGUCUGCGGUCCCUCCUUGGCCCUCAUCUUGAUGAGAGGAUUGCCAGGGUCUGGAAAAUCAACACUGGCAAGGAAGUUGCUUUCCACUGGCCAGAAUGGAUUAAUACUAAGCACAGAUGACUACUUUACCCAUGUUGAUGGAUACUUCUACGACCCAAGCUUGCUUAGCGAGGCUCAUAAUUGGAACCAAAGCCGAGCUAAAGAGGCUAUGCAUAAAGGGCAAUCUCCAGUAAUUAUUGACAAUACAAACAUCGAAGCUUGGGAAAUGAAGCCAUAUGUCCAAAUGGGCAUGGAGACAGGAUACAACAUCUACUUUCAUGAACCCGAGACCAGUUGGAAAUUCAACCCCUUUGAGUUGGAGAAGAAGAACAAGCACGGUGUGCCUCAGGGGAAACUGGCCCAGAUGAUGAGUCGGUUCUCUUAUCCAAUAUCUGUGGACAUUGUCAUGGGUUCGCAAGAGCCUCAUCACGUGACCAUGAGACAUCAGCCAAAGCAUCGGCAUCAGCACAGUCAUAAUCAGGGAGAUUUCAACCAGUGUUUCUAGAAGUGUUAACCAUGUAGAUGUUGUUUAACAAUAUCUGCUUGAUUUCAUUAUAAAUGAAAUUCAAUGGAUAGGUGGAUGAAAGUGUACAUUUAUGUAAAAGAAACAUAAUUUUUUUUAUGCUGUUUGAUUAUAAUUUUUUUUACAACCUGCAUCUUUGAGAAUCUUGCAAAAAAAAAAAAUUGGCAUUCUUUUUUAUUUUAUUGACUGACAGUUUUUCUGCACCUAAUUAACUAAAUUAUUUUCUGAAGUAUUCUUGUUCAACAACUUGUGUCUUCUGCACAAUAUAAAGAAAAAACAAAACGAAGCAAAACCGAUAGUUUAGGGUUUGGGUUGGGUAACCCUUACUUGCAGUUACCCUAUAUCAGCAGAAGGACUGUAUCAUUUUGCUUUUGUAAAAAGAAAAUUUACAGUUUGGCUUUACUGUUUGAUGACAUCAAGAUUAUACUUGAUAUAAAGGAAACAUAAAAUAUGUGGUUUCUACUUAAAACCUAUGAGGGGCACCAUAACACAACUUUAUCCCACAGCUUCCACAAGGAGUCCUUCGAAAUGUUUCCCUUCCACAUUCAGCCGUGGAUUUGCAGAUGCUAUUUCAAGCUGUUUAGUGAGCAAGCUCUCGGCUCAUCUGAUUUAUUGUGUGAUCCGCCAUUUGUUUAAAUGCUGCCAGUGUGUAAAAACUUCAUAUUCUCCCAGUUUGGUCAAAGUUGUGCAUUGGUCUUUUCCACUGGGUAUGUUAACAUCCGUCCGGGCGGUGUGGCGGUCUAUUCCGUUGCCUACCAACACAGGGAUCGCCGGGUCGAAUCCCUGUGUUUACAUCCGGCUUGGUAGGGUGUCCCUACAGACACAAUUGGCCGUGUCUGCGGAUGGGAAGCCAGAUGUGGGUAUGUGUCCUGGUCACUGCACUAGCGCCUCCUCUGGGCGGCAUGGUGGCGCAGUGGUUAGUACGGUCGCCUCACAGCAAGAAGGUACUGGGUUCGAGCCCCGGGGUAAUCCAACCUUGGGGGGAUCGUCCCGGGUCAUCCUCUGUGUGGAGUUUGCAUGUUCUCCUCGUGUCUACGUGGGUUUCCUCCGGGAGCUCCGGUUUCCUCCCACAGUCCAAAGACAUGUAGGUCAGGUGAAUCAGCCGUACUAAAUUGCCCCUAGGUAUGAAUAUGUGUGGGUGUGUGUGUGUGUAUGUCGGCCCUGUGUGAUGGCCUGUCCAGGGUGUCUCCCCACUUACCGCCCAAUGACUGCUGGGAUAGGCUUUGGCAUCCCCGCAACCCUGAGAGCAGGAUAAGCGGUUCGGAUAAUGGAUGGAUGGAUAUUAACAUCCACACAACCAAUAACUCCCGUGAACAUCCCCAACAACGUGGCUGUGUGUUUCUCAAUCAGAAUCAUAUUUAUUGCCAAGCAGUUCAAGAACAUACAAGGAAUGAUUUUUUUUACUUUUCAUUUUGUCAACCAGUAGAUAUGCAACAGAGCUGAAGUCCUGAAGAAAUAUUAGCAAUAAUAAGUUAGAAUAAAACAGUAAACAUACACAGUACUCUGCCUUAGUAAACACAGUUAGGUCUCAUGAUACCACAGACCAAAACUUUAUUAGCCCACAACAAAACACUGGACCAAACGGAUAGAUACCACCUACUUAAUAAAAAGCUCUGCUAUAGAGCAACAACAACCUUAACGUCUUGCUCAGAGGAGCCAUGGCUGGUCACAUUCAUUAUUGUAUACCACAGGAAACUGCGUUGUGUGCCGGUAUAUUCCCCCGGUGUUCAUUAAACCAGCAAGAAACGCUGCUGUUUUGUUGGCUUUGACUGACAAAGUCCAUCUUUCAGCACCGCCAUGUCUUGUUGAUUUGUUUGAGAACUUUGGAUUACUUGUUUCCUGACCUCAUACUGGUUUUACUGACCGAAUUGUGUCUUGGUUUGGGCUGCAGGAAGAUACAAUGCAGCAUGCUCGCUUGUUCAGGGAUACUACCGAGUAAAAAAUGGAGCCGUUUGCAUUGUGUGGUCAGUUUGCUGAUGUGAAUAUAAUAACUGUCCAUAUGAUUAAUAGUGUGUUCUGAUAAGAAACCACAGCUUAUUGCAAGCUCUUGUAAUUUUCCACCUUUGGGUUUUUGAUGAGAGUGAAAUUCAAAACAGCACACACACACACACACACAAACAUAUUUGUAUGAAAAUAAACCCUGAUCCUUGAUUUCAUACUUGAGGUAAAUACUAUGAAUAUGAUUUGAUUACUGUCAAUGGAACAUAUUUGUAUAAUUAUUUUAAAUUAAAGUAA